GACGCCAUCCGCAUUUCUCACGAGUGUUUGGAAAAAUCGGUGUUAAAUCAGUGAAAAUCGUAGUUAAAACUGUGAUAUUCAUGCAAAAAUCCGAGGAUCUGUUUCGCUACCUUCAGUUGUUUCUGUUUCUGCUUCGCUUGGCACCGUAAUUAGUAUGAUGCAAUCGUUGUUUUUAGUUUUCCAUCACACCAACAGCUGCUACCAACAGUAUCAAUAGGAAAUUGCCCUUCCUCUUGGAAGGAAAGGGCAGAGUGAAAAAGUCGAUAAAAUCCAUAUUCAAGCAAUGGAACACAGUUAUUCUCGUGAUUUCCGGCCCCCAAUGGAGACCGGCCAGACGCUUGCGACGCGGGCACUGAUGGUACACCGGCCUCCGCAGUGCCCGUCUUGCCAUACGCACAGCCACGACGAGCGGAUCGACCUGGAGGAAUCUUACAACCCGCCGAUUCCGUCUUACAAUGAGGAAAGCGCCAAGAUCGCUAUGAUGGAGAGCGAAAAUGUAGCCCGACAGGUGCGCAACUUGAACUCCGAGGAUUUCGACUGGGAAGAGAAGAUCAACAAAAUCGGUUGGUCCGUUCAACAGAUUCGACUGUUCAGUAAGAUAACCAAACUGCUGGACAUGGAUCGGUUGGCAAGGUUGACGAUUGCCGACAAACAACACGAACCGGUCCAUCGGCGCAUGGUCAUCGACAAGUCCGUGGGCCGUCUCCGGCAAGCUCUGGCAAGCGUUUCGUGGGAUCCUCGACUGACGCAAUGGAUCCACGGAUUGUUGGUGGAUAGCUUACCUCCGACAUAUCUGGCAGCCUACAUCGACAUUCUACAAACGUUGAAAGCGAAACUGCCAAAUUUGGUGGACAAAAUGAUUUACGGAAGGCCACUGAACAUCAGCCAGGAAUUGGUCGGUCCGGUUCUUAAGAAACCCUGGGAACCGAUCGUUGCCCACAAGAACAGGAAGCUGCCCGGACAACCGUACAUCGUAGUGGUACCUUCCGGGCCGAACAUGACAUCGCCGAGUACCCGUGUGCAGAAAUGGUACUCACUUUUUGCCACCAUGGCUUCAGUUAUCCCGAUUACCAUGCCUCCGCAGGGCAAUGCCGUGCUGAAGCAAUCGAUACAAAACGUAUCGGAACAGAUGGUGGCAGUGACACGGGCCAAGAUCCAGGAAGUUCGUCAGGAAGCUCCGAACCGGCCGAUUAUUCUGGUGGGAUUCAAUACCGGUGCGGCACUCGCCAUUCAGAUCGGUCUGGUCGAAGCGGUCAGCUGCAUUGUCUGCUUAGGAUUCGCCUUCAAUACGGUGAACGGAACGAGGGGUGCGCCGGAUGACCACAUCACAGACAUCACGGCACCGGUGCUGUUUGUCAUCGGACAGAUGUCGGCCAGAUCCAGCCAAGAGGAGAUCGAAUUCCUUCGGGAGCGAAUGAUCGCUCAAACGUCGCUGGUGGUCGUCGGAUCGGCCGAUGAUUGCCUGCGGGUGUGCAAGUCCAAACGCAAAAUCGAAGGCGUAACCCAAUCGAUGGUGGACAACAUGGUGAUGGACGAAGUGGCCGAAUUUGCCACAAACUGCCUGCUGAAUCCACCCCGACCAAAGCAAACCAUCAAGGACCCGAACGGGCAAAAGUCAAACUUGCUGUUGUCCAACAAUAGCAGCAAUUUGGCGGCUACCGGAGGACCUCCACCAAUUCCGGCUGUUCCAGGUGGUAGAGACGUCCCUUCUGCAGCUGCCGCUGCUACUACUGCUUAUAAUCGAAAGCGUAAGAUGAGUCAAUCCGCUGAUGCUAUCAACGAUACCGCGAAAAAUGCCAGGACCAAUAGACAGCAGACCCCUUCAGCUCAGAGAAAAACUCCCAAAUCGCAGAAACAGUCCCGUGCGGAUAAAAUGCUACUACAUCAAAAUCAACAAGCUCUGGAUGCGGCCAUUCAAAGCAUUCUUCCCGCUACGGUAUGUGGAUCGGUUGUAUUCAGUAACUUCAACAACAGCUCUACAAAAUUCCCAUUAUUUCAGACUGCUGGGCCAAUUGUUAAUAAAUCAGCACCAACGAUGACCAACUACCAGAUAACCAGCGGCAACAAUCUGGAAAUUCGUCAUUCAACCAGCUCGCAAGUUGUGUCCGGUAUGGCUAGUUCCCCCAUAGUGCUCCCGAUGAUCAAACGAGAUUUGCUAAACCAAUCCCAGUCGCAGAUCCAACCUGCUUCUACGGUGGCAACAUCCUCCGACAUCAAGGUCAUCCCUGCGAACCAGUUUAUUCAGCUGAAGCCAUCUGGAUCGACACAGAAAUUCGUGACCCUAAAGUCAUCGCCCAAACCAGUUGUAUCGGUGAUCCCGAAGCCUCCCAGCAUCACUUCGACACCCAGUCCACUGGUAAAACAAACGCCCCCUCACACAACAAUCACGCAGCACCAGUCGUUCAGUCCUACCAAGUUCACGAUCGUCCGCAGUUCUGGUGGCGUUCCCACACCCACGGUCAGUGUACCACCGAUGAAAACCAUCAAAUCUCCUCCCACUCCAGAUCUGUCCAAUACGAACAUAUUCGACAUUCCCAUCGUAUUUGCCGAUAACGAUGGCAAUAUCCAGGAUGGAUCACCGCAAAAGUCCACCGACGUCCCGAAAACCACUCCAAACAUCAUAACUAUCGGCCCGGCCAUAACCAACACUUCCGUCAUGAGAACAGAAUCGAUGAACCGCCUCAUCACGCUCCAGCCAUCAAUGAAACCAAACAAAGUGGUAGUCAUCAACAAGAGCAACAUGAAACAAGUCCCGGCCAACGUGCUCUCAUCUGCGGCUCUCAGCAAAUCCACCUCUAUCACCUCGACCGGUGGUCUCAAGUACGCCAAAGUGGUCAUCUCCAAUCCGCUUAGCAAAGCUUCAACGUCCACCACCGGCACGGUCCCUAAAACCCUCGGUCAAAUCCUAUCCAAUCAAAAGAUCGAAAUCCUCAACAACACCGUCGUCAAGCCGGCAACCGGCGGCCCAACCACUCCAUCUCAGCAAAGAUUCCAACCCGUCAUCAUCAAUGUAGAUCCUAGCAAAACAACCACGAUGAAAAACUUCGUACGCGUUGGUGAAACCCAAAUCCGACCGAUAAUCAGCUCCAACGUGACAAUUCCCACCAAGGUCGCGUCCGUCGCCGGCGGCGUCACACCGUCGGGUAGCUCCUCGGCGCAGUUGACACCCGGUGUCCCCGGAACGAACACCAUUCUCAUCAAGACCAAUUCUCUGGCACAAUUCACCAAUCGGAAACCGGCCAUUCUGAACCGCAACAUCACGGUUCGGAAGGUUAACAUUAUGCCACAGUCUAGCUCAACGGCUGGCUCAGUGGCACCUUUGACGACCGUCGUGAUGUCAUCUGCGCCGAAGACGAUUACAAGCGGUGCCGUUGUACAGCAGCAUCAGCUACAGCAGAAGCCCAAGGCUCCGUAAAAGAAUCUACACUGGUAGAUUUGAACGUUUGAUUGCGUGAAGUUUUACGAUUUGUAUUUGUAAUAAAAGCA